CCUGGCAAGCGAGGCGCUCCUUCUUCUAGCCGUCGCAGUCGCGGCCCAGAGCCGUAGCGGAGCAGGCGGAGAGAUGGCGUCUCAGCCGCCGCCGCCCCCGAAACCCUGGGAGACCCGCCGAAUUCCCGGGGCCGGCUCGGGCCCAGGCGCGGGCCCCUGUCCCACUUUCCAAUCUGCUGAUCUGGGACCUGCUUUAUUGACAAGACCUGGACAACCAACACUUACCAGAGUGCCCCCACCUAUUCUUCCCAGGCCAUCCCAGCAAACGGGGAGCAGCAACAUAAACACUUUCAGACCUGCUUACAGUUCGUUUUCUUCUGGAUACGGAGCCUAUGGAAAUUCAUUUUAUGGAAGCUAUAGCCCUUACAGUUAUGGAUAUAAUGGAUUGGGCUUUAACCGCCUUCGUGUAGAUGACCUUCCGCCCAGCAGAUUUGUUCAGCAAGCUGAAGAAAGCAGUAGAGGUGCAUUUCAGUCCAUUGAGAGCAUUGUGCACGCAUUCGCCUCUGUCAGCAUGAUGAUGGACGCUACCUUUUCAGCUGUCUAUAACAGUUUCAGGGCUGUAUUGGAUGUAGCAAAUCACUUUUCCCGGUUAAAAAUACACUUUACAAAGGUUUUUUCUGCCUUCGCGUUAGUUAGGACUAUAAGAUACCUGUAUAGACGGUUGCAGUGGAUGAUGGGUUUAAGAAGAGGCUCAGAGGAUGAGGACCUGUGGGCAGAAAGUGAAAGAACUGUGGCCUGUCUUGGUGCCGAGGACCAAGCAGCUAACUCAGCAAAAUCCUGGCCAAUCUUCCUGUUCUUCGCUGUUAUCCUUGGUGGUCCUUAUCUUAUCUGGAAACUUCUGUCUACACACAGUGAUGAAGUAACAGACAACAUCAACUGGGCAAGUGGUGAGGAUGACCAUGUAGUUGCUAGAGCAGAAUACGAUUUUAAUGCCGUGUCUGAUGAAGAAAUUUCUUUCCGUGCUGGUGAUAUGCUAAAUUUAGCUCUCAAAGAACAACAGCCCAAAGUGCGUGGUUGGCUUCUGGCUAGUCUUGAUGGCCACACAACAGGACUGAUCCCUGCAAAUUAUGUCAAAAUUCUGGGUAAAAGAAGAGGCAGAAAAACAGUGGAAUCUAGUAAAAUUCUCAAGCAACAACAAUCUUUUACCAACCCUGCAUCAAUUAACGGAGUUACUACUGCCAGCUCUUUGGAUGAGCAGGAAGCUGCCUUUGAAUCUGUUUUCGUUGAAACUAAUAAGGUUCCAGGUGCACCUGAUUCUACAGGGAAAAACGGAGAGAAACAAGAUCUUUGAUAUCUUUCACGUUUGCGUGCAGGUGAACAAUAGAGCACUUUUAAAAAUUAUUUCUUACAGAGAAAUUAAUUUGCAGUUGAAUGAAAGCGUUUGCUCAUGGCUGUCCCAGGCAGUGUGCUGCUAGAAGUUACUUAGUCAACACUAGUAUGCCAGUCUAGUGAUCUGGCUGCAUUUGACCCUUGAUUGAACCAUGAGGACUUUGUUUCACCUAGCUUUUAGAUUAUGGAGAUUGUUGUCAGUUUUAUCUUCUCUAAAUCUCUAGACUUAUUGGAACAGUAGGAUACACAAGUUGCCUCAGAAGGGAUCAUUAAUGCUUUUUAAAGUUCUGAGUUAAUUGAUUUGAAGUCUUCAAAAAUUGAGUGAUAACAUCUACUUACAGAACAGGCAAAAAGGCUGAAUUUUUAUAACCUUUUAAGUAAACUAAAUAAUAAAAAAUUUUCUGAUCUGUAUUAUGUCCAGUGUUAAUUUACUUAGGUGAUAGGUUUCUACCUGCAAACAAUUGGUACUAUUAUCUUUGAUUGUAUUUAUAAAAUUUAUUGUUGAAGGUCCCUGGGAGCACUAUGAAGGAGAUGGCUCUAGAAUAUAACUAGUUUUCAUCCUGAGUAAAUCAGAAUAUAUAGAUCUUAUUUCUUUUCCUCCAGCUAAGAUGUAAGUCCUUUCAGAUUUGCACCUAAUCAGUUCUGGCCUUGAUGAUUUUUAAUCUUCGUGAAUUUUCUUCAACAUAGGAAAAUUACUUUUAUAAAUUCUAUAAUCAAUAUAUACUUUACACAUGGAGAAUGUGUUACAUUAGUUAUAUUUCUUUUAGAUUUAGUUUUCAUUACUGAGACUAUAAGUAAUUCAAUUCCUAUUUCAAAUAUAUUAUUUGACUUUUUCGGCUUCAUGAAUUUUAAUGUGUUUCAGUAUAGGUUUCCCACAGAAUUGGGGAAACAUGCUGUCAAAUAUACACAAGAAUACAUUUACAGAUCCUGCUAAAAACUUUUAUAAGUGAUUUGUUUUUGUAUCUUUUAUACAGUUAUGUUUAUCAAAUAAGUAAUUCCAGUGCAGUUCAUUUAAGCCAUAUCUAACCUAAUAGAUACUAGACACAGAAAAACUAAAGACUUCUUGGGAAGGCCUGUUUGAAAUUAUACUAUAAUUAUUAACCUAUCCUUUUAUCUUAAGAUGGAGAUAAAUACUUAUGGUACUUGUUUUUGUUAGGCCUGUUUUCUAACACUGAGGGUAGCAGCCUUCUAGUUAAGAAAGCGAAUUAAAUACUCUACCACUGGGCUGUGUCUCUAGCCCUCAAAACAAGCUUUUGACAAAUAUGAACUGCAGUGAGAUGAUUACUGCUCGCAUGUCUGUUACUCUAGACAUCUGGAUUAAAUAGUAGUAGUAAAAUAGAAAGGAGAUGUUGAGUCAGUACUAUUUAGAUAUUUUCCCUUUUUUUUUUUAGGAGAUGAGCUUUAAGAUAGAAUUUGUGAUUGGUAGAAGCUGUGUAAGAAGAGAGCUUAGGCAAAUAAAUGGCACAGCUGUUUCUUUUAGGGUCUUUAUUGUUUGCCUGACUAUGCUAGGUUACAGUAUUAACCUGAUAUACAUCCAUUUUUUUUUUUUUACCAAAAUUUUAGAAAAGCAGUUGUAGGACUAGAAAGGCAGAAACAUUCCUGGCUUUUGUAUUUUAGUCCCACAGACUUAGGGUGACUUUAGAGGAGAGGGAUGUACUGGCCACAGCCUCAACAUUAUUAUUUUAUAGUGCUACCUCAUGGGAAAUAAAUCAUAAGGUACACUAAGAAAAUAAGCUUCAAAUUUUUUUAACUGUACUUUGUCAGCUUGGAAAGAAAAUGAGACAAAUAAAUCUGUUUUCAUGGUCUAAUAUCUUAUUCAGGGACUUGACCCUGUCUGGUGUAUCGCAGUUAUCACUUCCUAAGUAUAGCUAAUGUUUAUCUUGUGCUUUCUUUAAUGAUAAAAGGAACAGAUUACAGUUAAAGUUUUAUUUUUAAUAUACUGUGAAAAUAUUUUACUGGAGAAAUAAAAAUAUUUUAAACUUGA